GAGCAGUAUGCUCAGAAGAGCCCAGUGCGGGCCCCUGCGGUUCCGCUGGAGUCUCUUCACUGGCAGCCGCCCGCUGAUCUCCCGCAGAGGCUUUCGCGGAAGCCGCCGGCCGCGGAGAUCGGGGUGGCGGUCUUCGGCACCCAUGCCACGCUGUCUCUGGAGCCUGUGGACAUGCUGGGCCGCGCGCAGGGGAGCUUCAAGCUGAAAGCCACCUUCUUUGGCCUC